CAGCAGCUCACUUCCAUUUCCCACUACUCCCACACACAAGCACAGCUCAGAGAAGCAAGAAGAGAAAUCCCAACAGGCCAACAGCCUAGGCAGUGCAAGGAGAUGGGUGGCGAAGGCAGCACGAGCCCCGAUGCGGGUGGAGCCUGCGCGGUCUGCGGCGGCGCGGCGGUGGUGUACUGCCCGGCGGACGCGGCAGCGCUCUGCGGCCCCUGCGACGCCGCCGUGCACGCAGCCAACCCGCUGGCUUCACGCCAUGAGCGCGUCCCGAUGGCCGCGGCCGCGGCCACCGUGGCGGCGGCAUUCGGCGUGUACCACGACCUCUUCGAGGCCGACGACGUCGACGCGGCGGCGUCGUGGCCGGUGGCGUCGGCGCAGGUGCAGGGCAGCCCCCACAACGGAAGCUCGUCGGCCAGCUUCACCACCAGCGACAGCGGAGCUGAUGUCAGGAGCCUGUUCCUCGACCUGCAGACGGCCUGCGUCACGGGCGGCGCCGGCCACCUGCCGGACAGCGUGGCGCCCGUGUAUCACGGCGCUGCGCCGUUGUGGGCGCAGCCCGACCUGGCCGCAUGGACGAAAACGUGGUUGCCAGCGGAUGCCGCCGCCGUCGUUGUCCCGGCCACCGCCGCCUUGUUCGCCCAGGCGGCGGAGAGGGAGGCGAGGGUGCGGAGGUACCGCGAGAAGCGCAAGAACCGCAAGUUCCAGAAGACCAUCCGCUACGCGUCCCGCAAGGCCUACGCCGAGGCUCGGCCGAGGAUCAAGGGCCGCUUCGUCAAGCGCCCCGCGGGCGCUGGAUCGGACGACGACGCCAAGGCCGCCGCGACCGGGGCCACGGACGCCGGCGAGGCGGCCAAGUUCUGGCUCUCCUUCUCCGACGACGCCCGUGACAACGGCGUUGGGUUUUACGUGGACGCCGCGGCCUACGGACUCGUGCCAAGCCUCUAGAAAGUUCUAGACACGUGAAGAAAUCCUUGGAGAAUCUGGUGGCUGCGGCGUUCGUCCACCUUAAAACAAUUUAAGAAAAGGGCGUGCGCCAUAUCGCCAUUGUUCUAGCUUGUUCGUGUCAUGUCAUCGUUGUGGUCAAAAUUCGUGCUGAAAUUCCGCCAUCGCUAUUUUUAAAUGAUGGUGUCGAAUUUCGAAAUGGGUCGAUCGGAAAUAAUGUGUUGUAAGAUACCUUAUGUAGUUGUUCAGUUGUAGUUUUUGCAGUGAAAAUUCCGUGUUUAAUUUUCUAUUCUAAGACAA